CAGUUUCUAAAGAUGGCCAACAGUGUCAAAUAUGUAAGAAUGAGUUUACUCAAAUUUGCAAAUAGAGCUAAUUUUAUUGUUCCAAUGAGGCACAUGUCCCGAUCAGCUGAUAAAAAACAACAUUUGGAGUUUACUAGAAAGAGAGUGGAUGACAUGAUGAAAAGGAUGGAAAGAGAAAGGAGAGAAAGUCAGACUCUCAACCACGAGGGAUAUGAAUUGGACCCUGUAGAGGGAAUUAUAGAGACCUUUGAACAUGAAAGAUAUGAAAAUAGGAGAACAAAAAAGAGCAUCUUUUGCAGAAAGUAUGAGAAAAGCACACCAGAGCCAAGUUUUUUAACAUGGCAGGCAAAACAACAAAUUAUUUACCUUUGUACCAAAGAAAACUGGUCAUUCCAGGAGAUAGCAGAAAGCUUCCCUAUUAGCGCUGAAAAUGUCAGAAAACUUCUGAGACAUAGAAAUAGAACUUUGACUCCCUCAGAAAUUACUAAACAUGACAAAAAAAUAUUAAAAAAGUGGCAGCAUUUGCUAGUGGCAGGUUACAAGAUAGGAAGAGGUCCCAUUGACCCAGAGCUAAAGCAGAUGGUAGAGACUGAGAGAAUAAAGCUUCUUCAUAAUGCUGGAGGAAUUGAAAAUUUACCUGUCCCAGUUUCAAAACCAAGUAGAGAGCAAGAGGAUAACCAUUUGGAUUUUUAUACAUUUCAUUAUAUUGACAAAGGAAGGAAGGAAAAUAGAUAUGUCAGCAGGUUUCAAGGGCAGUUUCUUAAACUGUACAGAAUCUACCAUGAUCAACAAAGCCAAUCUCCAGAUACCACUGUUCAAAUGCAUGGUGUUAUUGAAAAAGAAGCUGAAAAACUUAAACUUCUCCAAGCCUUAGUAAAAAAUUAUAGAAAUGAAGAAAAAAGUGAAAGAAAUGAAAGUGAUGAUUUUCCUUCAUCAUCUCAGGAGAAUGAUAAAAUUGAAGCUGACAGUGAAAUUUUUCAAAAUGAAUGGUUUGUUGCUUCUGAAAAUGUUCAAAAUAUUAAAUGAAUAGUAGUGCUGCCUUUUUAGCUAUACUAGUCAGAGACCAGAAGAGAUUAUGCAUUGGUAAGGUGUCCAUCGUCCAUCUGUCUGUAAACAAUUUUUCAAAACGCUACUCCGCAUACAGUUUUGGACCAAUUUCAAUAAGACUUGGUAUACAAGUAGACUGCAUAAAGAUACACGAUUCUAUGAAUCGGUUUUUGAUUUCAACAAAGGGUGUUGCCAUGGUUACUAAAAAAAUAAAUUUCUUUUAAAAAUUUUCAAAACACUACUCCUCCUACAGUUUUUGUCCAAUUCCAAUAAGAUUUGGUACAUAAGUAGACUAAAUUAAGAUAUAUAAUUCUAUUCUUUGGUUUUUUUUAAUUUCAAUGAAUGGUGUUGCCAUGGUUACUGAAAAUAGAAAUUUCCUUGAAAUUCUUUCUAAAUACUACUCCACCUACAGUUUUGAUCCAAUUUCGAUAAGACUUGGUACAUAAGUAGACUACAUUAAGAUACAUAACUCUGUACAUGUAUAUCAGUUUUUUUUAUUUUGACGAAGGGUGUUACCAUAGUUACUAAAAUAGAAAUUUCCUGGAAAUUCUUUCAAAACACUGCUCCUGUAGUUUUGGUCUAGAUUUGGUACACAGUAUGACAACAUAAAGAUGCAUUGUUCCAUUUUUUGAUUUAUUUGAUAUGAUGAAAGAUGUUGCCAUGGUUACCAAAAAAGAAUUUCUUCGAAUUAUUAUUUUAAUGUGCUACUCCUCCUAAGUUUUAGUCUAAUUAGACUUUUUACGCAAGUAGACUUCACUAAAAUACACCAGUAGACCUUCAGUCUCAUUGGAGACUUCUGUUUUCCUAUAUUUAAAAAAUUGAUACGUAUUAUGAAUAAUCAAUAAAAAUGCUCAGAUUCAA